UGAUUAAUGGUGCGAGAAGAAUUUCGCAUUUUUUCGAUCUUCGAAGAUGGAUUUUCAUGGAAUGAAGAGGAAGGAUCUACAAGCUUUAAGCAAAAAGCAUGGAAUCCCAGCAAAUUUGAAGAACAUUGAGAUGGCUAAUAGACUCUCUUCUGUUCUCGAGAAGGAAACUUUAAAGGAUACGAUAAGUUUGUCUGAGGAUUCUGUUGAGGUUCUUGAGGAUGAUAUAGUUGUUAAGAGAGUAAGAUUCAGUCCUGAGAAUGAAGUUUUUGAAUUCACUCGAUCUGUCAAGAAAUGUCAGCGGAAGAAUGUGAGAACGCUUAGCAAAGGGAAUGUUCAAGAUCUUCAAGAAAGUGGAAUAGAGCUAAGGCGGUCUACGCGAAUUGUGGCUAAGGGGAAUAAAACAGUAGCUGGAUCUAAUGUAAACGAGUCAACCGCAAGAAGAGGUCGUUGGUUUGAUGUUACAAAAGGUCUCAAGGUCCCAAGGCGGUUAAAACGAAUUGGAUCUACUGGUACUAGUCAAGUAGACUAUAAAGUUAGAGGGUUGAUGCCGUUUGAGGAUGUAUCGGAAGGAUUGUCUGAAAAGAUUGGGAGACGGCCCACACAGCCAAUAUCACGGUCCACACCGCUGUUUUCGAAGACAGGAGACUUGUUACCUGUUAAACCGUCAAAACUACUUGUAGACAUCUAUAAAGAAGAUAAGCUUGUCAAGAAUAAUGUGAAGGAGGUAUUGCAAGAUGAUCCUAAAUUUGAAAAGGUUUCUAGGCGAUCUAGACAAUCUGUGAAUUGCAUCGAUGUGCAGACCAAUACUCAGGAUCAGAGAAGGUCAAUAAGGCUUAAAGCUAGAGCUGCAAACCCAUCAAUGGAAGGUGAGUCAUCCGAUGGUAGACCUUUAUGUUCUGCUAAGGAAAGUAAAGAAGAAAUAAAGACUACUAAGCAGUCAAAAAGAUCUAUGGUGGUUAAUAGUCGAGAAGGUGAGCUUGUUAAAGAUAAAGCAAAGGAGCCUUUGAUAGAUUGUAAGGUUCAGACAACUGAAGAUUACCGUAGGCUGAAAGUCCAGGAUGCUUCUAAAGUUGAAAACGUUCCUCGGCGUUCAAAACGACGUUGCAACGACAUUAAUGUGCUGAUGGAUAAGCGGCCCAUUAAGGCUGUGAAGCGUGAUGACCUUGGAGUAAAAAAGGCUCCAAAACACUCUAGGCAACGUGUAAAGAGUCUCAGUGAACUCCUAGUAGAUGGCCAAGCGCAAAAGGGUGGUAAACAACCAAAGAGAACUUUUGGAAAUGAUCGUGAGGGUAAAAAGCUUCUCCAAUGUUCGAAGCACACUGCAUCAGAUAAAAUGUUGGGCCAAGCACUGAGUGAUUCACUGAAAAGUUGUUCAGUUAUUGACUGCGAACGAGAUGGAGUUGGUAAUGUGAAGAAGUCAAAUGUGAAUGAUGAAAUGCAGGUCCGUGUUAGAGUUUCCAGGAGCUCUUCGAGGCAUCAUUCAUUUAAGGUUCCAAUAGAGGUUGAAAGGAAUCUGAUUGAAAAGAAGACAGAUGAAACUCUUGACUCUCUUGUCAAAUCAUCUAAAAGAGUUACUAGGAUGACGAAGCGGGAUAGAUCAGCAGAGCCAGGGAAGGGCAUAGAGACUGCAUCAACUCAGAGCAAUCUAGCGCCAAAAAAAGGUUUGGAUGAGUACAUUCAGUUUGACCAAGAAGAAGGAGGUGGUGCUAAUGUGGAAUCUAGAGGCUCUUCCAAGAAGUCAAAGACAAUGAAUCAAGAAUGUGUUAAGGAUAAGCCACAAGGAAUGAUUGAGAACUCACCUUUUUUAUCAGAAACCAAAGCUGCAGAAUCUGUUAUGAUAACUACUGAGAAUGUUUUGGAUUCUACUCUGGAAAUAGCAGUUGAUAGUUUUCAAAGAACAAACGCUCAAGAGUUGAAUUCUGAACUUAUGGAAGGUAAUCGUGAAGAGAAACUUGAGCGAGAUACAGUGUCGAUGGUUGAAUCUGAGGUUAGGGAACACAGCUCUUUAGAAGCAAUCCUGGAAAACUCAGCUGAAUGUUGGAAAGAGAUUCACCCUAUCACAGAUGGUGAGGAAGGUUCCGAAGAGAAAGAAGCACAAGGUGCAAAUUUACAUGGAAAUUGUAUUGAAUACAACACUGAGAACAACAGUGCAGAAGAAGAAAUGGAGAUUACUAAGGUUUGUUGUGUGAAUCUAACACCAGAAAAACUUGUGGAUGAGUACACUCAGUUGGAACCAGAAGAAGCACAGGGCGUUAAUAUUGAAGCAAGAGGCUCUUUCAAGAAAAUGAAGACAGUGAAUCAAGAAUUCGUAAAAGAUAAGCCACAAGGAAUGACUGAGAAGGCCUCACCUUCUACAUCUGAAACCAAUGGUAUAGAACAUGUUAUGAUUUCUGAGGAUGUUUUGAAUUCUACACUGAAAGUUUCAGGUGAUUUUUCACCGGUAAGAAACACUCAAGAGUUGGAUUCUGAACCUCUGGACGGACAACAUGAAGAGAAACAUGAGCAAGACACAGUUCUGAUGGCUGCGAUUGAGGAAAAAGAGGAAACAUCACCACUGUCUAUAUUUCAAGUUGACUGUGGCAUUUUCACAACUACCGAAAAACAUUUACUGCUUGAAACAGGUGAAGGGGUAAAAGAAGACAAUAUAACUGCUAAGUCUCAUGUUGUGAAUGAUGUUCUCGCUGCUGCUGUGCCCCAAUCUCUUAUGGGAGACUCUGAGCUAGAUGAAGCUGAAAAAUACAGAGAAAUCAAGGAUGUGGAAAUGUUGGGUGAAUCUAACACUUCCACUCACCCAGAGAGGCAAAUACUGUUUGGAAACUCCGUACUAGAUGAAACAAAAGAUUAUUCAGCAGCCACUUGUGAAGUGGCUUUUGUUCUCACUUCUGCAGAGAGACAACUUUUAGUUAACUCUAAACCAUACAGUGAUGGAAAGCAAGAACAAAAGGAGGUGGAUGACAGUGUGGUUCAGGAAAACACCAUUGUUGACUCAAGCGGUAGUAUCGCAUCCAAAGUUUCUUACAACCAUGAGCUUAAUGCUGGGCAAGAAACUGCAGGUGCAGAGGAUGUUGUAGGUCUAGAUGCUACACAAGGAACAUCAAAGAAAAACAGAGAGCAUUCUCCACAUGUUGACACUGAGGAGGCAGAGACAAUCAGGGAAGCAGAAAAAAAUAUUUCCCUUAGCUCCUUUGUUGCGUUACCAGCCGAAGGUAACAACUCCGAGACAAUUGGUGAAAUUUCCAGCUACCUUGAAGUCGCUGGAACCUGUUCUAUGGUGUCAGUAGAAUCUGGUCCUUCCACAGACAUUCAGAACCAAAUAAAUGAUGCGUUGGAGGAAUGGGCAAUAACAGACAAUAAUGAAGUAGAUGAGCUCGUAGAAGCAAAGGUAACAGAGAACAUUCAAAAAGGCUUCGAAGGAAAUCUCCUUUUGAACUCUUCAGGUGGUGGCUCUAAUGUCUCUGGAGAGACAUGCAUCUUAGGUGAAACGGAGGAUGAAGAUGAAGCAGAUGUUCCAAUUGCUAUUGCCGUUGAGAAAGCUAUCUCCCUGACUCCUGAUGAAUUGACUGUUCAGAAUCACAUUAAUGAAAAAGCUGCAGAUGAGGAAAUGAUCACGAGAGAAACUACUCCAAUUCCUGAAGAAACCAUGAAUGAGUCCUCUGAGAACAGGAAGGAGUAUUUGAACAUUGAUGAAUCAGCUACGUUAUCCGAGAGGCAAGUAAGAAGAGAACCAACCUUGAUUUUCAGAACACAAGUGAAGCCUACGAAGCAUGACAUGAAAGAGAAUGCACCAAACUCAAAGAUUGUGCAUAAUCUUAACGUAACAGCUCCAAGAACAUCAAAGAGACCGCCUCUCCAAGACUUGAGCAAGAACUAGAGUGACGGAUUUGCAUAUCUCAUGCACGUUUAGACUUAUCUAAAACUUCUCUUCUUCUCUUAUAUUUAUGUAUUUUGAAACACCUAUCAUGAAUCAGCUCUACUAAAUCUAGAUACCUUUC